AUGGGUUGUCCCGUUACUGUCGGUGUGUGAGAGCAGAGGAUAGGAGAGCCGGGGACCAUGGCUGAGGACGUGUCUGUCUCUGAGGACACUUUAACCUGUGCUCUCAGUUUACUGCUCAACCUGAGCGAAGUUCUGCUGCAGACAGCCCGGAAGGAAGCAGCAGAGUCUCUGGAGAAGUUCGUCCCCCAUAAGAUCUCCAUUUUAUUCGGCCUGAUCACAGCCGGAGCAGACUUCUACAAAAGCCUCGGAGUGAAGAAGAGGAGCGAGGCAGAGGCCAUAUGGAAGAAGUUUUAUCACAAUGCCACAGUGAGAGAUAAGGUGGAGGAGCUUCUGCAGCUGGAGUCAGAGUGGGACUCCUUCCUGGAGAGCGUGGACAGAGGCCUGCAGACGACAGACAGACAGCUGUCAGGAGGAAAGAUGGCCGCCAGCCUGAGCCCCGACACGGCCUUCACUGACGGGCGCAGCGGAGAGAGUGUGACUCUGGGUCAGUUCCUGGGUCGGGGGGAGAAGACCCUGCUGGUUCUCAUCAGACAUUACGGAUGACUGCCGUGACGAGACCACGUGGCCGAGCUGAAGGACAGACUGGCUGUCCUGGAGGCUCGGUCAGUGCGGGUCGUGGUCGUUGCUUUCGGAGGUUUGCAGGGAGCUCAGAUGUGGAGGGAGCAGACUGGAUCUACCUUCGACAUGCUGCUGGAUACACAGAGGAAGGUCUACAGGAGUUUCGGCCUCGGCUCGUCCUACGCGAAGGUGAUGAGGUUCGGCUGCCUGAUGCAGUACUCAGAGUACCCAGCCGUGGGCAGAGACUUCCCCGACAUGCCCCCCCACAUGAAGGAGGACAUCUACCAGUUGGGAGGAGACUUCUUGCUGGAUGAAGCGGGGAAAGUCCUUCUCUGUCACCCGUCUAAAAGCCCGAUGGACCGGCCGAGUGUGGAGGACAUCCUGCAGGCCGCCGGCUCCUCUAAGUCUAAUCUCUAAUCUAACUAAAAGAUAUGUGAAUUUACCGCCUCACCGACACCACAGAAGAAGAGCAGCUCUUUGUCUCACGUUAAUGACGUCACGACUCGCUCUCAUGACUCCAUGAAGAGAUGUGACCGAUGCAGAACAGUGAGGCAGAGACAUCUGAUCUUCUCUGUGGUGUCAGAGUUGUGAUGGGAGCAUUUUUAAAUGAGAACUGCGACUGGAUUACAGUUUAAUUUGAUAUAAAGUUAAUUUUAUAUAAUGUAAAUGGAAUUUAAUGUUUAAAAACACAGAUGUUAUCAAUUUUACUGGAAUGAUAGACAGUAUAUAUAUUUUUCUGUUAGGUGCAUAGAGCAGCUUUGGAUUUCGGCGGCCCUAAGUGGCAGCUAGAGUUUUAUUUUUUGGGAAACUACAUUACCCAGAAAACCUGCAACAUCACGUUAUCACUGCUCUCUUCAUGUACGUGGGUGUUUCUCAAUGUCGAGGAAGGCUCCUCCAUGUGCAGCAACUUUCAAGGCUGCACAUGUGUAUCCUCCGCGGUCUUAAAAUCCCCCACAAUGCUUUGCGCAAAGACCAAAUUGCAUAUGACGCACACCUGCACACCUGUUAGCCUGUUUCACCAUUCUUCGUUUGCCGAGGCUAGGAAGGAUUCUUGCCUCGCUUCUGAAGCAAGUGACUCGGAAGACAUGUGCUACCAAGGAAGCGUCCUCGACAUUGAGAAACACCCCCUGUGUCUCCAUGUGGCCUUAAACAAUAAACAUUUCUGAUUAAAUGUUUUAAUGCAGACACUUUUUUAGAUAAAUCUGCUAUUACAAUACAAAUAAUUGCUGCUGUACAACAAAUCUGUUCACAUAUAAUUGUAUAAAUAAAAUAUUAAUGUUCAUGA